AUGGAGAUACGAAUUGACUCGUGGAUGGAACCACAGCUGGAACCACCAGAGCUAGUGGUGACGGUGAUGCUCCCCAAUGAAUCCCAACGAUUGAUAAGGUUGAUCACUCAAGCCUAUAUGUCCAUGUUACCAUCCCUACCUAACUCCAUGUCAAAUAGACACCCUAACUUAGCCCCUGAUUUGUUACUUAUUUCUUGCCUAGUGUGGAAUGUGCAAGGAGCAGGCAGCCGUGAAUUUAUCUUAGCACUCAAGGAACUUAUCCGUGACAAUAAACCAAAUGUGCUCGCUCUCGUAGAAACUCAUAUGGGGGGAGAACAAGCAAUAAAUAUAUCCAAAGCACUCGGAUAUAACGGCCAUGAUCGAGUUGAUGCAGUGGGAUUUAGCGGGGGCAUAUGGGUUUUUUGGAAACCAGAAUGUGUCUCUGUGGAACCUAUCAUUAAGCACUCCCAGCAUAUCACAAUGAACAUAACAAGAGUGGGGGCAGCCCCAUGGUAUUUCUCUGUGGUCUAUGCCAGCCCAGACCCAACCAAGAGAAAGGAACCGUGGGACGAUCUUCGUAACUUUGCAAUUACUCAUAAUAAACCAUGGAUGAUUGCAGAGUUCACAGGGGCAUCACAUACUUGGGCUAGAGGCUUAACGCCUGAAAAUAGAAAGAGUGCUCGUCUUGAUCGUGCACUGUGUAAUGGUGACUGGGGAGUGCGGUUCAACACGGCAAAAGUGAAGCAUCUCCCGGCAGUCCACUCGGAUCACAGUCCCCUUUUCAUCUCACCAAACGGGAAAAGAACUUUGUUGGCGCGCAUUGCGGGUGUUCAACGAGCCCUCUCUCUCAAGCAUGAUAGGAGACUAAUCAAGUUAGGAUCCAAACUCCGCCAUGACCUUGAUGAGAUUCUUGACAGGGAAGAAGUUAUGUGGUAUCAAAAAUCCCGAGUUGAAUGGCUCAAGAACGGCGACAGGAAUACAACUUUCUUCCAUCUAAGUACUAUUGCCAGGAGAUGGAAAAAUAAAAUCACUGCUAUUAAAAAUGAAAUUGGGGAUUGGUUGUACGAGAAAGAGUUGGUUAAGAACCAUAUUGUGAAUUAUUUCACUGAUCUAUUCACAGAAGCAGGAGAUUGCAACUUACAAGUUGUACCACAGGAUGUCUUCCCAGAACUUUCAUUGAGAGAUUGGCGCCAAAUCAACUGA